UUAAAAGUAAAGCUGGCCCAGGAGCGUUUGGCGCGAAGUUGGCUCAGCCGAGCUACUUGCGUCGGCGCUGCCUCGUACGUAGUCCGUUCCUGUUCCCUCCUCAGAGGCUUUUAGUCCUCGCUUCGUUAUUUUACCAUUGCGCCUGAUAUCUCUUCACGGAGUACGCCAUGGUUCCCAAGAAAUGCGCAGGAACCCAGAAGUCCCUCGACGUUGCGCGGUUCCUCAAGAGCAAAAGCCUCAGAAGUCUUCAGGAGCUGGAGCCCGAAGCCAAGAAGCUGUGUGCGCAGGGUCUCGGUACGGCCUGCGCUGUUUGCCUUCGUCUUCCGGUGGUUCAAGUAUCCAGCAGGAAAUGUGAGUCAUGCUGCCUUUUGCCAGUGUUGCCCCCGCCACAGAGUAGCAGCAUCAUCAGGGAUCUUUACCAGCAGAAGUUAGGCAAAGUCACUUGGUCAUCACUACAGCAGGGUCUCCAAAAGUCCUUUUUGCACUCUCUGGCUUCUUACCGGGUAUUCCAAAAAGCUGCCCCCUUUGACAGAAGGACUACAUCGUUGGCAUGGCACCCCACUCAUCCCAGUACCGUGGCUGUGGGCUCCAAAGGGGGGGAUGUCAUGAUCUGGAACUUUGGCAUAAAGGACAAACCUAUCUUCAUUAAAGGGAUGGGAGCUGGAGGAAGCAUCACUGGGCUGAAGUUUAACCAUCUUAAUUCGAACCAAUUUUUUGCUUCCUCAAUGGAGGGAACAACGAGGCUGCAGGAUUUUACAGGCAACACUCUGCAAGUUUAUACCAGGUCAAACUGUUGCAAGGUCUGGUUUUGCAGCCUUGAUGUUUCUGCCAAGAGCCGAGUGGUGGUCACAGGAGACAAUAUGGGACGUGUGAUCCUGCUGAACACAGAUGGCAAGGAGCUUUGGAAUCUCAGAAUGCACAAAAAGAAAGUAGCCCACGUGGCCCUGAAUCCCUGCUGUGAUUGGCUUCUUGCCACAGCCUCCAUAGAUCAAACAGUGAAAAUCUGGGACCUGCGCCAAAUCAAAGGGAAAACCAGCUUCCUCUACUCACUGCCUCACAGGCAUCCCGUCAAUGCAGCCUGUUUUAGCCUGGAUGGAGCCCGGCUCCUGACUACUGACCAGAACAGUGAGAUUCGGGUUUACUCUGCCUCCCAGUGGGACAGCCCCCUGAGCCUGAUCUCCCACCCGCAUCGUCAUUUUCAGCACCUUACACCCAUCAAGGCAUCCUGGCAUCCGAGGCACAACCUCAUCGUUGUGGGCCGAUACCCAGACCCUAAUUUCAAAAGUUGUGUUCCCUAUGAACUAAGGACAAUAGAUGUGUUUGAUGGAGACUCGGGGAAGAUGAUGUGUCAGCUCUAUGAUCCAGGAUAUUCUGGUAUCACUUCGCUCAAUGAGUUCAAUCCUAUGGGGGACACACUGGCCACUGCCAUGGGUUAUCAUAUUCUCAUUUGGAACCAAGAGGAAGCCAGGUCACAUAAAUAUCACAAAAGACAAUGAAGAGGGUAUGAGACAGCAACACCUGGACCCCACAAGUGGGAAGACGCUCUGUGAGAAGAGGC